GUCUGAACGAAAUCAUGAAUCAGAAUCGACAGAUGUUGGACAACUUUCAACAGCAGAUAAGAAUCUUUUACUUAACUUUCGUAAUAUAAUGAAAAAGCUUCACAACAAUCUCUGUAGUAUAUACAAUGAGCAGUUUCUGUCAAUUCAAAUUGUUAAAGAUGAAUAUAGAUGCUGUUAUAAUAAGAAAAGCCUACCAAAAAAAUUUUCAGCUAGGAACAAUAUGGUCCAG